AUGAGCCAAAGACCUUCGCCGUCGUGCCGACAGGCUGGCUCCAGCCGAGCUCAAGGAGGUGCACCUCUGGGCAAGUCCCCCGUCAUUACGAUCGAAGCCCCAGGAGCAGAGAAGCCGCUGCGUGCGACCAACACUGUGCCGGAACGCCAUCAACCAGGCCGCGAGGGCCAAGUCGGCGGAGAGCGCGAUGGGAUCCGGUACCGCUACUUCAUGCACUACGUGGAAGGCACCCUGAUGCCAUUCUUGGUGAUGACUCUGGUCAACGAUACGGCCGGUUUGAAGGACAAGAAGCAGAAGGACAAGUAUCCCCUGCUGGCGGCCUAUGCCAAACGUCUGGAGAGGCUGACGGUUACAAGAAGGCCGUUGUAA